AGAUUGCACACAAACGUCAGCUUCUGUUAUCAAUACAUGGUUUAUAUAUAUGAAGCAACGGGCUGCAAGCGCCUACCUGCGGCGCGACUGGUCUGGCCGGGGGCCCAAACCGUCGCUACAUGCAGGUAUAAAAGCGGUCGAAUUUCCAGCAAAGGUUCAUUCAUUUACACACUGUCCAUAUACCUAACUUUCGUAAUAAAAACAGAUCGAACGCUGAGGCCACUGUGCUGCAGCAUACAAAAUGAACCUCUCGAGCUAUGUACCCACGGUUGCAAUGCCGCGCCCCUCUUAUCCGCUCAUUCUAAUAACGGCCACUGGCGUCCUGGCAGCGUGGCUCGGCUCGAAGGCGCUGCGCAGGAUUCAGUAUGUGGGCAAGAACGAGCAGGUGCUUGUGAAGCGGCUCACGGAGAAGGUCGUGGUGAACGGCCCCACGGUGUUUUUCCCCAACCCGCUGACCACGCUGUCGUACUCCAAGCGCAAGGCCAUCAACCUGAGCGCGCUGCAGUACGUCAAGGUGGACGACAGCCAGACGGGCGAGACGCGGGUGGUGGCGGGGCCGGCGCUGGUGUUCCUGGGGCCCUACGAGGCGGCGCAGGAGGUGUGUGACAAGACGGUGCUGGGCGCCAACGACGCGGUGCGGGUGACCAACCGCACCAGCGGCGAGGAACGCAUCGUGAGCGGACCAGCCACCUUCGUGCCGGGUCCUCUGGAGAGCGUGUCGCGGGUCAUUGAGCCCAUCACCCUCACCAAGAAGGAGUACGUCAAGCUGCAGGACAAGCUGAGCGGGCGCGUGUGGAUUGAGUGCGGCCCCGGGCAGCUGUUCCUGCAGCCGCACGUGGUGGCGGUGACGCCCAAGGCCGCCGCCUACAGCCUGCAGAGCCACCAGUACAUACGACUGCAGGACACGCUGACGGGUGUGGUGCGUGUGGAGCGGGGCGAACAGCUGGUGUUCCCGGGGCCCUUUGAGGUCGCGCUGGACGGCGGCGUGGCGGCGUGCGUGGACCUACAGGCCUGGGAGUACUGCGUCGUACAGGACCGCACAAGCGGCAAGAUCCGUGUGGAGCGCGGCGAGAAGCUGGUGUGGUUGAGCGGCUCGGAGCGCGUGGUGGGCCGCGAGAAGGAGCAGGCUGUCAAGGUGGACAGUGAGAACGCGGUGCUGGUGCUGAACCAGAAGACGGGGCUGCAGACGCUGGUGGAGGCGCCGCAGCUGUUCUUCCCCAGCGAGGACGAGGUGGUGGUGGAGGUCCGCAAGCGCAUCAAGCUGGCUGACAACGAGGCCGUCAUCCUCAAGGACGCGGAGGGCAAGUACCACUACCGCUACGGUGACCCCGCCAAGAAUGACCAGGGCGCGGGGGAGGGCGCGGCGCGGUCCUUCUUCCUGCCGCCCUACUGGGAGCUUGUCAGCCUGAUGUGGAGUCGCGGCCGCCGCCGUGAGCACCGCGACCUGCGCAUCACCACAUUCGACAUGCGCGCACAGUACAUGUCGUUUGAGUUCAACUGCCGCACCAGUGACAACGUAGAGAUGAUCCUGGAGGGCACCUUCUUCUGGGAGGUGGUGGACCUGCCGGCUAUGAUGCGGUACACGGGCGACGCGCCCGGAGACGUGUGCGCGCACGCCCGCAGCUGCUUCAUCCAGCUGGUGUCCAAGGUGACGCUUCAGACGUUCAUGGACACCUUCAACGACAUCGCCCGCGCCGCCCACUCCAACGACGACAACUUCUACUCCCAGCGCGGCAUCAAGAUCCACUCUCUGGAGGUGACGCGCUACCAGUGCGCGGACGCCUCCACCAGCGCCAUUCUGGAGGCCAUCAUUCAGGAGACCACAAACCGCAUGAACCGGCUGUCCUGCCAGGAGUCGGAGAACGAGGUGGCUCUGGCCAAACUGCGAGGCAUGGUGGAGCAGGAGCGCGCCACGGGCGAGGUGCUGGACAUCCAGCACCAGCACGCGCAGGCCACGGCGCGGGCGGAGGGCGCGGCGGAGGCGGAGCGCUGCGUGGCCUUCCUGGACGCGCUGCGCCGGAGCGGCGUGCUGCCUGCGGGCGGGCGCGACGGCCGCGACACAGCGGAGGAGUUCUGGAAGCUGCUGCGCAAGAACGAGGCGCUCACGGCUGUGGCCCAGGGCUCGGCGCACGUGUACUUCACGCCGCAGGACGCCCACCUCACCAUCGAGAACCGCUCGUAAAGCCGUGCACGAUCUUCUUGGACAUCAAGCCUCUCGGGUGCUGUUUGAUUGUGUGUGAGCUAGGGAGGCACACAGGUGUGGCCGUGUGGGUGCGUGUCUGUGUGUGUAUGCGUGACCGGCAUCCAUGUCCUGUAAGCUACUGUUGAGGCACUGAGUCCGAAUGUUCGAGGCAAUGCAUCAGGGGAGGGGUGUGUGGGUGCAGGGGUGCAAUGCAUGGUCUGGGCUGUCCUGUUUCUGUAAUUGGUUGUGAGAUGUGAUUUUCGCAUAUCGGGCCUCAAAUAUGUGCAUUUUACAAGGGUUUCCGCGUGUGCAAGGCUUGCAUUCGUCUUACGUGUUUAACAGCACAUGCCUGGGCAGCUGCUCUGUGGCAGGUAGCCACAAAUCCUCGCAAUCCCCCUCCGUCCAGCGCAAGCCGGCCCCGGGGCAGCAGCCCCAAAGAAAUUUUGCAGAUUGCGCUUCAAAUUGCGACAUUUUCAAGGGGUUUUGGGGGCAUUUCGGGUAAACCAAGAGCAGGUCAAUCAUGUUUUGGGCCGGUUUUGGGGGGCACUUGUGCUUUCUGGAGCGAUUUCGGUGGUGUAAGUACCCGCAGCGGUUGGCUAUUUUCGAUUUCGGUUGCGGGUACAUCUGAGGGCCCCGAAGGACCCGAGGCUUAUGCCGACCUCUGGAGGGGCCCCAGGUAAUUUGUACGAUUAAUCCAGACAAUAGG